GCAAAUCCACCUCCAGUGAUUGUAAACACAGAGAGCCUGGACACUCCUCCAUAUGUAAAUGGAACAGAUGCGGAUUAUGAAUAUGAAGAAAUCACACUUGAAAGGGGCACAUCUGGCCUUGGCUUUAGCAUUGCAGGAGGUACAGAUAAUCCACAUAUUGGAGAUGAUACAAGCAUCUUUAUAACAAAAAUAAUUUCUGGGGGAGCUGCAGCUCAGGAUGGAAGGUUACGGGUUAAUGACUGUAUAUUACGGGUGAAUGAUGUGGAUGUACAUGAUGUGACACACAGCAAAGCCGUUGAGGCAUUAAAAGAGGCAGGAUCCAUUGUACGAUUAUAUGUCAGAAGAAGAAAGCCGAUCACAGAGAAAAUAAUGGAAAUAAAGCUGGUUAAAGGUCCUAAAGGUCUUGGCUUCAGCAUUGCUGGCGGCGUUGGAAACCAACACAUCCCUGGUGACAACAGUAUUUAUGUGACUAAAAUAAUUGAAGGAGGUGCAGCACAUAAAGAUGGAAAACUUCAAAUAGGAGAUAAACUUCUAGCAGUAAAUUCAGCGUGUUUGGAGGAGGUUUCUCAUGAAGAAGCUGUGACGGCUUUGAAAAACACAUCCGAUUUUGUGUAUCUUAAAGUGGCAAAACCUACUACCAUGUUCAUGAAUGACAGUUAUGCUCCACCAGAUAUCACCAACUCAUAUUCUCCGCAAGUUGAUAACCAUAUCAGCUCACCUAGUUUUCUUGGUCAUCCAUUACCUCCCUCCCCAGGCAGAUACUCUCCAGUUCCAAAAGGAAUGCUUGGAGAUGAUGAUUUAACACGUGAUCCAAGGAAAAUUAUAUUGCAUCGAGGGGCCACUGGAUUGGGCUUCAACAUAGUUGGAGGUGAAGAUGGUGAAGGAAUCUUUAUUUCAUUCAUUCUUGCAGGGGGGCCUGCAGAUUUAAGUGGAGAGCUCAGAAAAGGAGAUCGUAUCAUUUCUGUAAAUGGUGUUUGAUCUCAAAACAGCCACUCACGAACAAGCAGCAGCAGCUUUAAAAAAUGCUGGCCAAACUGUUACUAUUAUUGCACAAUACCGUCCUGAAGAAUAUAGUCGUUUUGAGGCUAAAAUUCAUGAUCUGAGAGAACAGAUGAUGAACAGUAGUAUCAGCUCCGGAUCUGGCUCACUUCGUACAAGCCAAAAACGAUCCUUAUAUGUGAGAGCACUGUUUGAUUAUGACAAGACUAAAGACAGUGGCCUUCCCAGCCAAGGACUUAAUUUCAAGUUUGGUGACAUUUUGCAUGUGGUCAAUGCUUCCGAUGAUGAAUGGUGGCAGGCACGCCAAGUCACUGCAGAUGGGGAGAGUGAGGAGAUUGGCGUCAUUCCUAGCAAGCGCAGGGUUGAGAAAAAGGAACGGGCCAGAUUGAAGACUGUGAAGUUUAAUUCAAAAGCACGGGGUGAUAAAGGACAGUCAUUCAAUGACAAGCGUAAAAAGAACCUCUUUUCCCGAAAAUUCCCAUUCUACAAGAACAAGGACCAGAGUGAGAUGGAAACCAGUGAUGUUGACCAACAUGUAACCUCUAAUGCCAGCGAUAGCGAAAGUAGUUACCGUGGUCAAGAAGAAUAUGUUUUAUCGUAUGAACCAGUCAGUCAACAUGAAGUAAAUUAUUCUCGACCAGUAAUUAUUUUAGGGCCAAUGAAGGACCGAAUUAUGAUGAUUUGAUCUCUGAAUUUCCUGAAAAGUUUGGGUCUUGUGUUCCCCAUACAACUCGACCAAAACGAGAUUAUGAAGUAGAUCGGAGAGAUUAUCACUUUGUCACUUCCCGGGAGCAGAUGGAAAAAGAUAUUCAAGAUCACAAAUUUAUAGAGGCAGGCCAAUACAAUAAUCACCUGUAUGGCACUAGUGUACAGUCUGUGCGAGAAGUGGCAGAGAGGGGAAAGCACUGCAUACUUGAUGUGUCUGGAAAUGCAAUUAAAAGAUUACAGUUAGCCCAGCUAUACCCAAUUUCUAUUUUCAUCAAGCCUAAAUCGGUAGAAAAUAUAAUGGAGAUGAAUAAACGUCUAACAGAGGAUCAAGCCAGGAAAACAUUUGAGAGAGCUAUGAAACUGGAGCAGGAGUUCACAGAACAUUUUACAGCAAUUGUGCAGGGUGACACUUUUUGGAGGAAAUUUACAAUCACGUGAAACAGAUCAUAGAAGAACAGUCUGGCUCCUACAUCUGGAUUCCUGCAAAAGAGAAGUUAUGA